AACACACUAGCCAACUACGGUAUUGUGAUUGACGACAUCUAUAACUUCGACGUGACUGGGUUUAUAAUGGGCAUCAUCUUCGCGGGUAUGGUAGUCACGACCUCGGACGGCCUGAGCAAGGCAAGCUAGCCCAGCCUGGUAACCGCGGAUGGGCAACGGUUAUCCAGGGAGUUAAUGCCCUCGGCUGGGCCAUUCCCCCCUUCAUCAUCUUGGCCGCGAAGUACAGCCUCGCCAACUGGUAUACCGAGCGCAACCUCCCGGCCGACUGGCGCAUCGCAACCACCGACAAUGUGUGGACUACUAAUGUAGUAGGUCUAGAUUGGAUCAAGCACUUCAACAUCAUCACGCUCUGUAUGCCUCUGCAUUCUGUAACGGGCUGGGCCCGUGAAGGCCUCGGCAAAAACUCGGCCAACACUCGAGAUUCGGUGGACUUCUAUCUUGUUCGAUAUCAGCGCACAAGCCAAGGAUGUGGAGGUAUAAGACGGCAGAUAUCUUGCAUAGUCUUUCACUCUUUUUCUUCUUCUCUCUCCAUUCGAGACAAACUCGUAGAGUCGUCACCAGCUAGUUGCAAUAUACUCCUGGGACCGUUACAAUUCUUCCCACCUCCUUCAGCCACUCGAUGUAGGCUGCUUUGGGCUACCGAAGCAGACGUACGGUCGCCAGAUCAAGGACUUGAUAUACGCCUAUAUUAACCAUGUAAGCAAGCUCGAGUUCCUCUAUGCUUUUCGCGAGGCCUUCUUUGCCUCUAUGACGGAGAAGAUCGUACAGGGUGGCUUUGCAGGGGCCGGCCUUGCGCUAUUCGAUCCAAAAGGGUGCUUUCUAAGUUGGAUGUCAAGCU